AUGAGGACUGCCCGGCGGGGAUUCACAUGCCUGCGAUGCCGCCUCUCGCAGUCGCAGCCGCAGUCGCAGCCGCAGCCACAGGCCCGGCUCAACCUCAACUACACACACCCGCGCAGGCCACUGCACUCGUCGUCGCGCCUGCGCUCUCCCGAGCAGUCCCUCGCCGCCGGCAGGCCCACCAUUGCGCCCAAGCCCACCGUCGACAUCAAGCACAUCCGCCAGAACCCGGCCCUGUACGAGCAGACAUGCAUCGAGCGCAACUACAACGCCCAGGCCGCCUACCCCGCCCGCAUCGUCCGGCUGCACGACCAGUGGCAGUCUCGCCAGCGCGACGGCCGCGCCCUGCGUGAGCGCUCCAACCUGCUGCGCCGCCACAUCGCCAACCCUUCGUCCGUGAGCCCCGACCAGGACCAGGACCAGGACACCGCCGCCGCCACCCGCGACGGGCUGCUGGACGAGGCCCGCCGCCUCAAGCAGCAGCUCGCCUCCAUCGAGCAGGACGAGCUCCGCCUGCAGGCCGAGAUCCAGGCCCUCGCCCUCGCCCUGCCCAACCUCACCGGCCCGGACGCCCCGCGCGGCGACCGGCCAGCCGUGCUGAGCUACAUCAACGACCACCCGGAGCCCCACCCCAGCUCCUCCGACCGCGUCUGGCGCUCUCACGUCCACAUCGGCUCCGAGCUGGGCAUCCUCGACUUUGCCGGCGCCGCCACCAGCUCCGGCUGGGGCUGGUACUACCUGCUGGGCGACGGCGCCCAGCUCGAGCACGCCCUCGUCAGCUACGCCCUCGACACCGCCCGCCGCUACGGCUGGGCCCAGGUCAGCCCGCCCUCGGUCGUCUACAGCCACAUCGCCUCCGCCUGCGGCUUCAUGCCCCGCGACCAGAACGGCGAGACCCAGGUCUACACCCUGAGCCAGAGCCCCCGCGACAGGGACAAGGGCCGCCCCGAGCUCAGCCUCGCCGCCACCGCCGAGAUCCCCCUGGCCGGCAUGCGCGCCGACUCGGUCCUCGACGAGGCCGACCUCCCCAGCCGCCGUGCCGCCGUCAGCCGCUGCUACCGCGCCGAGGCCGGCGCCCGCGGCGCCGACACCAAGGGCCUGUACCGCGUGCACGAGUUCACAAAGGUCGAGCUGUUCGCCUGGACCCCGCCUGACCCGGACGCCGCCGCAGAGGUCUUUGAUGAGAUGCUCGACAUGCAGACCGAGAUCCUCGGCUCCCUGGGCCUGCACUGCCGCAUCCUCGAGAUGCCCACCGCCGACCUGGGCGCCAGCGCCGCCCGCAAGAACGACAUCGAGGCCUGGUUCCCCUCGCGUGCCCGCCGCGACACCUCGUCCGCUGCUGGCAAACAAGGCGUCGCCGCGUCGGUCGACGGCGCCCACGACGAGGAGGAGGGCUGGGGCGAGGUCACGUCCGCCAGCAUCUGUACCGACUACCAGACGCGUCGGCUGGCCACCAGGGUCCGCAUUGGCGGCUCCAGCGGCAAGAUGACCUACCCCUGGACCGUCAACGGGACGGCGCUUGCCGUCCCCAGGGUGCUCGCCGCCAUACUGGAAACCGGCUGGGACGAAGGCAGCAUGACUGUCACAAUACCCGAGGUCUUGCGGCCAUGGAUGGACGGCAAGGAGACCAUCAGCCCAAAGACUCGUACGCGCUAG